CGAACCAUUUCUUGAUGUCAGCGCUGGAAUAACUCCGGGCAUCUGCACGGUUUCUGGAUGGAGUGUUCACAUGGGAUUUGUAAAGAAUGAAGAAAAACAAAUCUCAUCGUGAUUUGUGGCUUUAAUUAAAUAAUCAUCAGGAGGUGGACUGCAUUUAUAUUUAUGCCAAACAAGGAAGGAAAAAAACAAAACAAAAGGCACAUAAUCAGAUAAUCAGAUGUGGCGCUUCCUUCAAGAGAUGCUGGAGGAGACUAGGCUGGAUUAGCUCUCUCUCUCUCUCUCUCUGUCUGUCUCUCUCUCUCUCUUUCUGUCUCUUUUUCUGUCUCUCUCUCUCCUCUUUCUCUCUUGUCACAAACACACGCGCGCGCGCACACACACAUAAAGAGGGAGAAAGGGAGCUUCAUGCGCUCUGACGUGCACGCGGCACCGCUUGCUUCUAUAUUUCUUUUGGACAUGUUAUAAAUAAAUGCUAAUUUUACAGUCGAGCCCCGCAUCGCGCACGCGCACCCACGCACGUGGUAAACCCAAGGCUUCAUAAACAAGCCGCUGCCACCUGGCUGCACAGUGUUUCCACUGGCCCCCCACAUCAGUGCAGCGGCUCAGAGAAGAUGGCACUGGCCGACACGGAGCGCGCAGUGCCCGGCUGCGGAGACUCCGGCUCCCCGUUCUCGGAGAUUAUCGAGCUGAACGUCGGCGGACAGGUGUACGUCACCAGGCACACGACUCUCAUCGCCGUCCCGGACUCGCUGCUGUGGAACAUGUUCAACAAGAAGUCCCCCAAGGAGUUGGCGAGGGACAGCAAAGGGCGCUUCUUCUUGGACAGGGACGGCUUCUUGUUCCGCUACAUCCUAGAUUAUCUCCGCGACCUGAAUUUGGUCCUGCCGGACUACUUCCCGGAGAAAAGUCGUCUGCAGAGGGAGGCCGACUUCUUCCAGCUGCGGGAACUCGCCAAGCAACUCAUCCCGCGCGUGAGCAAGGACAACUCGAUCAGCGAGGAGAUCGGCCACAGCGACACGGAGGACGGCGCGCAGCAGGGCGGCCCCUCCGGCGGCGCGGAGACUUUGCGCGUCGUGUCGGUCGGCGGGGCCACGCGCACCCCGUCGCUGGACUCCAGGAAGUCGGGCUACAUCACGAUAGGAUACCGCGGCUCGUACACCAUCGGCAGGGACAUCCAGACCGACGCCAAGUUCCGGAGAGUGGCGCGCAUCACGGUGUGCGGGAAGACGGCCCUGGCCAAAGAGGUGUUCGGGGACACCCUGAACGAGAGCAGGGACCCGGACCGGCCCCCGGAGAGAUACACGUCCCGGUACUAUCUCAAGUAUAAUUUUUUAGAGCAGGCGUUUGACAAGCUGACAGAGGUGGGCUUCCACAUGGUGGCCUGCAGCUCCACGGGCACGUGCGCCUACACCAGCAAUGACCCGAACGAGGACAAAAUCUGGACGAGCUACACUGAAUAUGUCUUCUGUCGGGAUUAACCAGCAGGUCGAGGUUGAUGUAAAUAGACAUUUCAUAAUCUAGAGGGGAAUGUCUUUUUAAUAUAGUCUUGCGUCUGCUGUGUUGAAUUUCGAGUGACUGCAACAUAUUGUUCCAUUAUUCUAAGAAUGGCAGUAUUGCCAACUCAGUGUUUAAAAAAAAAAAAAGAAAUCAUUUUAAAUCCAAGAAACACGUUUCCCUGCAGUGUGGAAAACACCCCAACAGAGAUGCCACCAUCUCUCCACGUCAUAGAACUGCAUAUGAAUGUCUCAGCCCAUUCUGACUGCUGUGUGAGUUGAGCAGCAUUCAAGAAGCUCCAUUAGUAUUCAGUGUCAUUGUAACUUCUUCACUUGAUCACAUGUUUUUGGCCAAGUCUUGUACCAUCCAAUAGGCUCUAAUGCAUCCCAGUUCUAUU